AUGGCGUUGAUUGACGUGCGUGAUGCGAGUUACAACGCCAUCAAAUCCGUGCAACGACAUUUUAUUCCCGAGGUGAAGCACUCGCGCACACAGCUCAGGGACGAGCUGCCAGCAAACCCAAGUGAGCCGCGCAAGAAGAUUACCCCUGGCGAGUCGCAGCUGAUUGCCCUUGCCCUGAUGCAACUCAAUGGCUCCUUGCAAGAUGUGCGCACAAGAUACCUCCCGAACGUUCCGCUUGCACAGCUGAAGAAGCAUGUCUCAAACAAAUGCGAGCAGGCAGACAGCCCGUUUCGUGCGUUGCUGGAAGGAAUAUCCCCGCAAGCCUUCCGCAGCCAAUACAUCAAGUUUUCGCUGUCCUUUCCAGCGCCACCACAGCCCAAGCAGAAGAGGCUACAGCAGCCGAUACAACAGGAGGAGCAGGCGAACAACAGCAGCAGCAGCCAGCAACAGGGCGCGACGGUAGCAGUGGGUGCUGUCUCAGCUGCCCGCACAGACGAACAACAACAACAACAACAACAACAACAACAACAACAACAACAACAACAACAACGACAACAACAGAAGAAGAAGAAAAGGGAGAAAAGGAAGAGCAAGAAGCAACAACAACAACAACAACAACAGCAACAGCGGCAGCAACAGCGGCGGCCGACCAAACUCCCAUCUGUGUAUGACGCACCCCCAAUGCCGUCUGCGAACCACUACGUGUCUUUCAUGUCCUCCCUCAACACCGUGUACUCAACUCCAACGAGCAGCAACACCAUCACCACGACCACCACCAAUCACAUCCGCCACCACAGCAGCAGCGCGAAAGCCACCACUCACACCCUGCAUACAGCAUCAUCACCGCCACCACUGUUGUCACCACCAACACACACAAUUACCACCAGCAGCGCUGCACCAACGCCACAUGCCCCCUCUGCGUCGACCCUUGCCCAUCAUCAUCAUCAUCCUCAUCAUCCUCAUCAUCCUCAUCAUCCUCAUCAUCCUCAUCGUCGUCGUCGUCGUCGUCGCAUUGUGCCGCGUGCCGUGGCCACAUCCCCGCGCCGCCGCAAGCGGCAUCACGUUCGAUUUGACGAUUACGACAGCGACGGCGGUGGAGGCCACCGACAUCACAGUGGCUCUGCUCGAUCGUACACGGAUCCCCACCACCGCCACCGCCACCGCCACCGGCCCCGCCACGGCGGUGUUGUUCCUCUCGACCUCAACCUGGACGCCGGCGGCAGUGCUGAUGAUGACAGCGACGGCUGGGUUGUGCUGGAGGAGCAAGUCGGUGCACGUGCGAGCGUGCCUGCGACGCGUCUUGUGUCGUUGGGCCAUGCCGCCGCAGCAGCAACAGCAGGAGCAGCACCUGCACAGGCAGCGAUGAUGGCCACAUAUGGCAGCAUGCGCCGGUUUCAGCGCGUGGUCGCAUCACCGCAUGGCAUCAAUGCCAUGCCUGCAAACAACGACGUUCUCGUGCCGUCUUCAGCGCUAACAUCUCGGCCGCCCCCACCCGGCCUCACCUCCCCCUCAACAUGGGAAGCGCAGCCACCGCAACCGCUGACGGUGACGAUUGGCGAUGGUGCAACGGCCACAGAUCCCGAAGCCACUGCGCACGCAUCAGGACAAGCCGCCGACGCAUCAACCACGAAUCGGGCGAGCACAGCCGUCAUGGAGGUGCCGUCGAGGUUGCUCGGCGUGCGGCGCGGUCCUCACGUCAUCCGGUCCACUGUCACGCAGCGACCCGCACCCCAGCACGCCCAGCCACAGCACAUGCACGUGCACCCUGUGCAAUACCAGCACAUGCAGUAUCAGCAGCACAUGCACAACCUAUACCAACAGCAGCAACAGCAUAUGCAUGUGCCAGGGGCGCCAUUCCACCAGCCACUGCAUGGAAAGAUGGCUGCUGCCGCCACCACCACCGCUGCUAGCGGCGCUGUCAUGCUGCAAAGCCCGCUGCACUCGCACUCGCUCUUUGAGUUCCAGCAGUCGCUGUCGCAAUGGCUGCCAGAACCAUCGCUCAUGUCUGCUGCGUUUGCGCUUCCGCCCGUCCCAGCGCACCUGCACGCAUCAUCAGUAGCAGCAGCAACAGCAACAGCAGCACGUGAAUUGUCGGGAACAGCCAUUGCAGGUGGAAGUGUACUGGGCGCGACUGGUUCCAGCACGGCGACAGGCGGUGCCACAGUUACCACCGCGCCAUCACCACCAGUGAAGCCUGCCCGCCGCCGCAAACGCGUGCAGCCGACCGUGGUACCACCGCCUUCAUCAUCAUCGACAACAGCAUCGACAGGAUCAACAGCAGCCGCAACAGCAACGCCCUCGGUUGUGCAGGAGAAACGGGGUGGCGAGCAGCCGCGCAUGGAUGGUGUUGGACGGGUGCUGUCGCCGCUAGACGCAGCAAAGGCGAGGGCAAAGGGAAGGCGCGGGAAAGGACAGGGCGGCAAGCGGAGAAUUCGUCCAUCUUCUGUCCGCAAUCGGACGCCAUCGCCGCUGUCAUCGCCGUCACGUCAGCACAUUCGCCGUUCGUUUGCACACAUCUCUGAGAUUGCGUCAUCAUCAUCACCAACAGGACCAUCGCCACCACGCCCAACGAUUCUGCACACCAGUGAUGACAGUGAUGAUGAUGAUGAUGAUGAUGAUGAUGAUGAUGGUGGUGAUGAUGGCGACAAUGGCGACAACGGCGGUGACGACCAUGUUGGUACAACGAGUGCUGUUGGUGGUGGUGGAAUGACGGGGAUUGUGCCCGCCGCUUCAGUAUCAUCAGCGCAACACGGUGUCACUGGCAGCGCUGGUCCAACUCAUCCCACGACGACGCCAAUUGCUGGCGUGCCGUCGCAACAGCAGCCAGCAGGCGCAAUUGCAUAUGCGGGCACGCCGCAAUCGCAAGCACAACCGCGCCCACCACGUCCACAACCGCAGCUGCCAGCCACAGGCCUGCACCCCCCAUUUGUGACGGCCUCAACCCAUCCGUUGGACAUGUUUUCGCUUGCGUCACAGAGCCAGUUUUCGCUCUUCAGCCCGCUCAUGCGAGGCAUCCCCAUGUUUCCUGGCCAGGCCUCAUCUGUGGGCGGGAUUGCGUCAGGGCAUGCCAGCUUGCAUCCAUCGCCGUUUGUCCAUCACCCGGGCACCUCCCCAUCACUCCCCACGCACACCCAGCGUCAACAGCAGCAGCAACAACAGCAACAGCAACAGAAGCAGCAGCAGCAGCGCCAGCAGCCAACACACGCAACGGCAACCCGCACAACCACCACGACGUCAGCCCCCAGUGGGGGUGGUGCUGGUGGCGGUGGGUUGUCGCUGUCUCGAAUGCCGAGCGAGGAGCUGUCACGCCUGAUCCACGGUGGGGACGCCCCAAUGCCAUUUCACCCGUUUGCACCCGGCGGCGACUGCAGCAUGGGCGCAUCGCAGCUGGCGUUCCUUGGCAUUCCGCCAACACCACCGCGCCCGCAGCGGCCUGGGCGGCGCGGUGCUGUUGGGACUGGCGGUGGUGGUGUGCGAGAAGAGGACGAUGUGCUGGUGGAGAUUACGCCCGCUGAUGUUGCGGGUGACAAGCAGCCAGACGAGGCUGAGGGGGAGGCAAGGAAUAAGACGCAGGAGGGGAGGCAGACGAAGACGAAUGGGCUGAAGAAGAAGCAGAAGAAGAGGAAGAAAAAGACGGCGACGACGAACGAAAAGCGAGGCCACAAUCCGCAGCGGGAGCAGGAAGAGCAAUACGAGAAGAGGCAGGAAGCGGUUCAUGUGCGGCAGCCACGUCCGCGCAGUGAACCUGUGGAUAUGAUUGUGAGUGCAAGUGGGAAGGAGUUGCGACGCGCGAAACGCGUGUUUGAUGGAGUGGACGACGGCACCGGCAUGAUGGCAUUUGAACUCGUGCCGGCGUCUCCAAAGAAAUCAAAGACACAACAACAACAACAACAACAACAACAACAACAACAACAACAACAACAACAACAACAACAACGACAACAACAACAACAACAACAACAACAACAACAACAACAACGUGCAGCGUCGGCGCCUCAACCCGUCCAUCGCCCCAUUGCUCCAGCAGCAGCAGCGCCAUUGUCAUCAUCACCAGCGCUGACACUGUCAUCAUCGCCAGCUCACGUUGUUUCGCCGGCAUCGUUUGCUGCGUCACCUAUUGCAGCUUCAAUGGCACGUGCACUUGCACAGUCGCGAGCACCAGCGCCUGCCACGCCCGUUGCGACUGCUCGUGCUGGUGGUCAUGACGGUGGUCGUGAUGGCGGUGAUGUUGACCGUGCUGGCAGUCGCGUGUCGACAGCGAAACGCCAGCCGGAGCAACCACUCGCGGACAUGCGGACAGACAUUCCGCUGAUCAAGAAGCCACGUGCAUCUGUGAUUCUUGGUGAGCCUUCAGCAGCGGUGACACAAUCGUCGUCAGUCAACGCACAUGUCACGACACCUGCCGCUGAUGGUAUUCUCGCACCAAGCAACAGCCUGCCGGUGGGCGAACGACCGGCGCCGUCAACAGCAGCGACAUCAACACCGCCAGCAGCCACAUUAACACAAGCAUCAGGUGUAUCGGUAUCUGCAACAGCCGCGACUGCAUCAAAACACACAUCAUCAACAACAGCAUCGGUGUCAGCGGCGUCACCAAUGCAGACUACACGCCGCAACCGACGAAAGCCCGCAAAUCCGCAGCAAAGAGACGUGAGAUGGCAACAACAACAACAACAACAACAACAACAACAACAACAACAACAACAACAACAACAACAACACCAACAACAACAACAACAACUGCGGUCAUCAUCACCUGCUGUUGCUGCUGUGGCUUUUGAUGCUUCCGCUAAACGCCAGGACGAUAAAGUCCAAGCACCCACCACUGCAACAGCAGUUACAACCACUGCAACAGCAACUGUCAACACGUCACCUCGUCGUUGCCGGGACAAUGGAACGAGCCCAGCGCGAGCUGCCAGUGAUCAGCCCUCUGCUGCGCCAUCGUCAUCGUCGCCAUCACCGAAGCGUGCGCACCUUGUGCCAAACCAUCGCCGCUUCUCAAGGGAGGAGGACAAGGCGGUCUUGCUUGCAGGCAAACGUAUUGCUGCGAACAAAACGUCAUGGGCCAAAGCAGCUGCAACGACGGCUGUUCUCAGCGGGCGAGCGGAAACAGAGCUCGCUGAACGGUUUUCGUUCCUGAUGGACCGAUGGAAGCGGCGACGUGCAGACAAGCAGAAGCCAACGCCAUGAUCAUGAUGAUCAUGAUGAAAUUGUCAUUGCCCUCCUUGGUUUGUUGUUGUGUUGUGUUGUGUUCCCCCCGUCCUGUUCUUGCAUGCUUCCGUGGCCUUGAUCAACGCCCAAGGCCCCUCUUCCCCUCUGUUUUCGUGUUGUUGUUCACAGUGUGAACCCCCCCCCCCCCUCUCAAUGCCUGUG